UCAGACAUGUCUACAUAUUCAUCCUUCGCCGUCGUUGGAGCAGGCUUGGUCGGGAAGUUCAUCGUUGACGCGUUCCUUCAAGGGAAGGCUUCCGGUAGAAUUAAGGAUGUUACGGUCCUCACUCGCUCGUCGUCCAAAAAUCCCAAGAUCGACGAGUUUGCCAACAAAGGCGCAACUAUCAGGGCGGUCGACUAUAGUGACUUGACCUCCCUCCGGAGCGCUCUGUCUGGUAUUGAUGUUGUCGUUUCGGCCUUCGGCCGCGACGCCCUUGUGUCUCAGCAGUCCGUCGCCGAAGCAUCGAAAGCGGCAGGCGUGAAGCUCUUCGUCCCUUCCGAGUAUGGCACCCCGACAGAGACCACCCCGCAACGAGGACCCCUUGUCCACAAAACUGCCUUGCAGGCCGGAUUGAAGGAGAUCGGUCUCCCGUACACUCUGAUCUUCAGUGGUGCGUUAAUGGAAACAGGUCUGACCCCCUUCCUGGGCAUUGACCUAGUCAAUGGUAAAGGCAUUGCAGGUGGUGACGGCAACACUUCUAUCUCUUGGACCUCAGCUUCUGAUGUGGCCUCAUUCCUGGUACACGUGCUGACCACCAUGCCGCCUCCCGAGCUUGAGUGGCGCACAUUCCGCAUUGAAGGCGAACGCGCUUCAGUGAACGACGUCUACAAGGCUUACGAGGUCAAGACCGGGAAGAAAGCCGAAGUCACCUACCGCACGAUACCUGAGCUCAAGGAGGCGAUGGAGAGCAACCCAAGAGAUAUUGCGAGCAUGUGGCAUUGCUGGUGGGCGUUGGGCGUUGGGAGUGUUGGGGCACCAGAGCAGGUCUCCAACGGAGUUUGGCCAGCAUGGAAGCCAAAGAGCAUCUCAUUUUUCAUCCCUUCCUAA